AUGUCGCCCUCCAAAGGAUACCUCGCGCUGCAGCGAAGGCUCGCCGUCAUCACAACUCGACGCCGAGCCGCGGAGUCGCGUCUCGCUCACCUCACGGCGAAGCUCGACGGGGUCGAGCGGGAAACCCGCCUGUGCGAGGGCCAGUUGAGGGAGUUGGAAACAAUCGGGUGCAACAGCAACAAUAACACCACCUCCUCCUCCUCCUCCCCCUCCGACCCACCUCCGCACCAUCACACGCCCGACUGGUCGGCCAGCUCCCCUGCUGCUACCGCUUUCCCUUCGCCGACGACGGACGAAAGUUCCGAACCCGACUCGUCGGCGAACUCAAUCGAUUGCGACGACGACGGACAACAAGCUGAGUCGAAAUGCGGAUUAGACGGCGGAGGGGAAUCGGAAUUCGACGGAGGCGAAGAACCCGUCAAGGCCAUGACGGCCCUGUUGCAUAGAGUGGACGAACUGGUCGCGCAAGCGUGGAGCGACCUGGAUUGCGAGGACUGGGAAGGACUGGAGCGGUUCGCAGAGGGGAUUAGAGCAGUCCGGAGAAGAUGCUGGAUCCACGCAGGACCCGGGAAAUGGACGAUCAGGUUGAUAGCCGAGGAGAAUGUGGUCGCGGAGAUGGAGGAGGAUCAGCAGUGGAUGUUUGUGGUCAUGGCUCGAGUUCAGGCCCGGGACGCAUAA